AUGGCUAUUGACAAAUCACUUUGUGACCUGGGAGCAAACAUUAACCUAAUGCCUCUAGCCAUGAUGAAGAAAUUGAUGAUAGAGGAGGUUAAACCUACAAGGAUGUUACUACAACUUGCUGACAGAUCUCUCAAAAUACCAAAUGGGGUAGUGGAGAAUCUCUUAGUGAAGGUUGGAAACUUCAUAUUCCCAGCCGAUUUUGUGGUUUUGGACAUAGAUGAGGAAGGAAAUAACUCAGUCAUUCUUGGUAGACCCUUUCUAGCCACUGCUAGGGCGAUUAUUGAUGUUGAGAAAGGGGAGAUGUUUCUCAGGGUACAUAAGGAACAAAUAGUUACCAAUGUUUUCAAGGCCAUGCAAUACCCUGCAGAGAAAGAGAAUUGCAUGAGAAUUGAUGUGGUGGACACCUUGGUUGAAGAAGUUCUUGUUGCAAACCAACCAGAGGAGAUCAAAGACAUGUAA